AUGACCACCCUCCAGUCCGCCAUCCAGGGUGCUCCCGACUCCGUGGCCGUCAUCGUGCCCGGAAAGCCCGCCCUCGAAGUGACCUACAAGGACCUCGUCGCCGAGGUCUCCUCCUUCCAGAAGAAGCUCGCCGCUCUGGGCAUCACCACGUCCUCCCCAGUGUCCAUCGCCCUGGUCAACUCGUACGAGUUCAUCGUCUCCUUCCUGGCCGCCUCCUGGCAGCGCGCCAUCGCGGCCCCGCUCAACCCCAACUACAAGCAGGAAGAAUUUGAGUUCUACAUCGAAGACGUCAAAUCAGCCAUCGUCCUCGUACCGCGCGGCGCCUACGCCGCCGCCUCCCCAGCCGUCAAGGCCGCGCAAAAGUUCCGCGCCGCCAUCGCCGAGUGCUACUGGGACUCUGCGAAGCGCGAAGUAGCCCUUGAUGUCAAGGAGCGCGGCCUGCUCGAGGGAGCUCCCUCCCAACCGUCCCUCGUCCCCCAGCCCGACGACAUCGCUCUGGUCCUUCACACCAGUGGCACCACCUCCCGCCCCAAGGUCGUCCCCCUCACCCACCGCAACCUGACUCGCACCAUGCGCAACAUCCAAAAUACUUAUCAGCUCACCCCCGCCGACCGCACCAUGCUGGUGAUGCCCCUCUUCCACGUGCACGGCCUGCUCUGCGGCCUACUCGCCCCCCUCUUGUCCGGCGGCUCGAUGAUCGUGCCCCCUCGCUUCUCUGCGACGGAUUUCUGGCGCGAUUUCAUCGCCCACGGCGCAAACUGGUACACCGCGGUGCCCACAAUCCACCAAAUCCUGCUCAAACACCCGGUCCCCAAACCCCUCCCCAAGAUCCGCUUCAUCCGCUCCUGCUCGUCCCCCCUCUCCCCAACCGUCUUCCACCAGCUCGAACAAACCUUCCACGCGCCCGUCCUCGAAGCGUAUGCCAUGACCGAGGCUGCGCAUCAAAUGACGAGCAACCCGCUGCCGCCAGGCAAACGCAAGCCGGGCACCGUCGGCCUAGGCCAAGGCGUAGAGGUCGUCAUCCUCGACGACGCGGGCAAUCCCGUUCCGCAAGGCAAGGAGGGAGAGAUCUGCAUCAAGGGCGAGAACGUGACGAAGGGAUACUUAAACAACCCUUCGGCGAACGCCAGCGCGUUUACGAAGGACGGGUACUUCCGCACGGGAGAUCAGGGGAAGAAGGAUGAGGACGGCUAUGUGAUUAUCACGGGGCGGAUCAAGGAGCUCAUUAAUAAGGGGGGUGAGAAGAUCUCGCCGAUUGAGCUGGAUAAUGUGCUCGCUAGGCACCCGGCUGUGUCGGAGGCGGUUAGUUUUGCGAUUCCGGAUGAGAUGUAUGGGCAGGAUAUUGGGGUUGCCAUUGUUCUGAAACAAGGGCACAGGCUGAAUGAAGAGGAGCUGAAGAAAUGGGUGGGGGAGAAGCUGGCUAAGUUCAAGGUGCCGAAGAAGGUAUACUUUACGGACGUCAUGCCCAAGACGGCUACCGGCAAGAUUCAGCGGCGUAUUGUUGCCGAGACCAUGCAGAAGAGGGAGGGACGCGCAAAGUUGUAG